UUUUUGUAGUACUAAAAGACGCGCCACAACUCCCCGAGAGUAAUGUAAAUAGAUCUAUCUAAGAUCUUGAUUUUGAGAAGAAUUUGACACUCUUGUCAACCCGUUGUACUUGCUGUGUACAAAGAAGCAGGCAAUAAAGUUAACGUUGGUCAAUUUAGUGUCGCUGUCCUAUCUGAAGAUGACGAGGAAUGAUAAUGAACAUUUUAAAACACCUGGUUAUCGCAUAAGUAACUUUAAUAAAUGUUUCAUCUUUUCAGUUAAAGUAUUUUGUUUUCUUAGAUAAAAAGAGGCUACUGGUAAUUUCCUUAGUAUUUUUUUCUAAAGUAAAAUAUCCGGUACAGAAAAUCGUGUAGCUUGGGUUACCUUUGGUAUAUGAGCUAACGUCCCCAGUCCCCCAAGCAUAUUGGCUUUUAGACUUUCGACGUCAAAAUAUUCCCCCAGACUGAAAACCUGCAAUAUUGUAUCUUCUGCCUUGUCUUAUCUCCUAAAAUGUGGCACAUAAAUGCCCUCUCGCUUGUCUUGCUUAGCGCUCAGAUCUUGUCUGAGGCAAACGCCAUUCCGCCUCAUAUUGUAUUCAUACUUGUUGACGAUCUCGGUUGGUUCGACUUGGGCUACCACGGAUCGGUUAUCCGGACACCAAAUAUAAACCAGUUGGCAGGAGAUGGAAUAAUUCUCGAUAAUUACUACGUACAGCCCUUAUGUACGCCUACACGCUCAGCACUGAUGACGGGAAAAUACCCCAUCCACUUAGGGACCCAGCACGGUGUUAUUCUGCCCGGGCAGCCCAUGGGACUACCACUUGACUCAAGCACUUUACCAGAGCAACUAAAACAACAAGGGUAUGCUACUCACAUCGUUGGCAAGUGGCACCUUGGCUUUUACAAGGAGGACUUUGUGCCUACCAAGAGAGGCUUUGACAGUUUCUAUGGCUACUAUUGUGGAGCGGAAGACCACUUUACUCACAAUGUUUUAGGCUUUUUGGAUUUUCGUGAUAAUGAUUUGAUUGUCAAAGACCAAAAGGGAACUUAUGGCACAAGGGCUUUCACAAAGCGUGCAGUUGACACUAUUCAUCGUCACAACUCUUCAUCUCCAUUGUUUUUGUACCUUCCAUUCCAAAACGUCCAUGGGCCUGUGCAGGCCCCACCAGAAUACAUUGACAAGUAUUCCUUCAUCAAAGACAAGACGCGGCGCACUCAUGCAGCAAUGGUAGAUAUCAUGGAUGAGGCCAUUGGUAAUGUCACCUCUGCUCUCAAGUCUGCAGGAUUAUGGGAAAACACCUUGCUCGUUUUCAGUACUGACAAUGGCGGUAUUCACACAGCAGGAGGUUACAACUACCCUUUGCGGGGGGAGAAGAACACCCUGUGGGAGGGUGGGGUUAGAGGUGCAGGGUUUGUUAGUGGCCCUAUGGCUCCAAGACACGGCAUGAUAUACAAUGGCUUAAUGCAUGUCACUGACUGGUACCCCACCUUGGUCCAUCUUGCAGGAGGAAGCAUGCAGGAUUCCCUUGAUGGUGUUGAUCUAUGGGACGCCCUAAAACAAGACACUGCCUCGCCUCGCAAAGAGAUCCUCCAUAACAUAGACCUCAAGAUAGACGUACCUACGGCUUUCGUGUUUGAGGGUGUGGCCUUGCGGUCACGUGACAUGAAGCUAUUGCUGAAGGUACCUAAUGCCACGUGGCUUGUACCGCCCGAGCUACGAGAGCCAGGGAUAACUGCGAACGAAGGCUUAGGAAGUGCCAAGAUGCAAGAGGUCAUUGAGGUUGCGCUUUACAAUAUUACCGCUGACCCCACUGAACGGCACGACCUAAGUGGCAAGUUUCCGGAUAUCGUAAAUGAGAUGAAGAAAAGGGUGGACUUUUACCGUGGGGGCCUAGUACCGCCUAUAAUCAAGAAAAACGAUCCAAAAGCGGUUUUAACCGCCAUCAAAAACGGAGCCUGGUCACCCUGGGAAACGUGAACUGCUAUUUUCCAUAAUUAUUUUUGUAAAUACAUAAUUGAGAGGAUUUAUUUUUAAGGGUGCAGCCAACACGUCUCUUGCUUCAAUUGUCAUAUAAUGAGGAUUGAUUUGAAGUUUUAGGCCUGUAUCCAGGGGGUGCAAGGGAUCGCACCCACCCCCCCCCCCCCCCCACAACGACCGAAAGUCAUGCAGUAGAAAUGCUAUUUGUAAACAAAACUAUAAAGCAUAAGCGAAUUUGAUAAAGAGGCAUUGUAGAUCACUCUGGUAAGUCAAUCAAUAAGUUGAAGUUAUCCAAAAAGGCUAGAGUUAUCCAAAGUCAACCGAAAUUACAAACAAUUAAUAAUUAUACACUUAAAAACAAUUGUGAAAGUUUUAGUUCAUUACUCAUACAAAAUGAUUACAUAACAAAGUCUGACCUACGAAGACAAAAAAAACCAAAACACCUUUAAA